UUCCAUCAGAGAUUCCUUUGCAUGUCCGUGGCCAUGGCAAACGGUGACAGAGACAUCACCGCAAGGGAGCGGGGCAUGGUGCAGAAUUCGUCCAACGUCUUUGGUGAGGGCAUGGACAAGUCAGUCUACUCGGCGGCUGUCCAGAAGGAGAUUGUGAAGAACCUCCGCGAGACCUUCGCCUACGUGAAGAAUGCCCCGGUCCCAGAGGCAGUGAAUUUGCCCAGGCCCGGGGAGUUGAAGCAGAGCUUGUUGGCCGGGAACCAGGCGGUGCUCACCAGUUCUCCUGGCACAAGAGGCACGCCCAAGUCGGACCCGAGCUUCAUGCCGAAGGAGUUCUGGCACACCUCCGUGGACCUCCAGUGGCAUGACGUGCGGAACGAGCGGUGCCGGCACAAGUCCCACGGCAUGGAGCGCCAGAACUUGGACGCCAAGGGCCAGAAGAUGCGGGAGAUGUCCUCGGAGCUCUUCGAGAAGGGCCGGAUGACGACUGCUUCUGUUGAUCGCUCCGACAUGCUGGCCGGCGGGACGUGUCAGACGGACUUCCUGUCUAUGGACUCCUCUUUGCACGAGCGCCACAUGCGGUCGGCGCCGGGCGGGCACUCGGCCAGUCGGAAGGUCCAGGUGAACCUGGCCUCGUCAGAGCACAACACCAUGCCGCAGCCGGAGCUGGCUGUGCAGGCGGAAGCGCCGGUGUCGAACGUCGCCAGGGCCAGCGGCAACGAGAUGCGGAACUACUCGGACCUCUUCGGCACGGAGAUGGGCCGGCGCCCCAACGACAAGGUCCCGCGCCAGGAGGUGCUGGGCACCAAGUGCUCCUUCCUGGACCACCGGAACGAGCUCGAGACGGCGCGGACCGGUCAACAGAGAUACGCCCAAGCUGAUUCGCCCAAGAUGCGCAAGGAGGCGGAGCAGUCGGCGGCGCAGCAGCCGCGCAGCGAGGCGAAGAAGCUCGCGGGGCUCCAGCAGGCUUUGGAUUUGGAGCGGGGCAUCCACGACAGCAAGGAUGGGCUCGGCAUCACUGCCGAGGUGUCGCGCCGGCGCCGGGAGAAGGACUUCCGCAAGGAUUUCGAGGGCGAUGUGCGGCAUUUGUCCAAGAAGCAGCAGUGCUUGAGCUCGGACCAGGUCAGAAACAACAUGGGCCAGGGCGUGGCGCCGGAGGCCCCGGCGCCGCCCACCUCGCGGGGCCUGAAGCUGGCCGGGCCCCACUCCCCCACCAAGCACGAAGGGCUCACGGCGCAGAAGCACGAGCAGAUGCUGCGCAACGCGAAGGACACCAAGCUAGCCUCCUUGCAGUCCAGCAUCUUCACCUGAGCCGCUGAGCCUUCUCGCUCUGUAAAGGCUCGGAGGUCCGUUUUUGCCUCACUUUUUUGGUUUGUUUCAGUCGGGUUGCGGCUUGAA